AUGGAUUUUGUAAUUGGAUUACCAAGGACCUCAAAGGGAAACAACUCUAUUUGGGUCGUGAUCGAUCGUUUGACGAAAAGUGCCCACUUUCUGGCAAUUAAGAAUACCAACCCCAUGGAGAAGUUGACUCGGCUGUUUGUUGCUGAAAUAGUGCGGUUACAUGGAGUCCCAAGGACGAUUGUAUCUGAUAGGGUUACACGUUUCACUUCUCGUUUCUGGCAAAGCCUUCAAGACACACUAGGCACAAAGCUGAAGUUUAGUAGUGUCUAUCACCCUCAUACUGAUGGGCAGACUGAACGGACGAUUCAGACCCUAGAGGACAUGCUAAGAGCUUGUGUUUUGCAAGAGAAGGACGAAUGGGAAAAGCUCUUACCAUUAAUAGAAUUUGCCUACAAUAAUAGCUUCCAAGCCACCAUCCAAAUGGCACCCUACGAAGCGUUAUAUGGAAGGAAGUGUAGAUCUCCCUUAUACUGGGACGAAAAAGGGAAGUUAAAUCCAAGAUACGUGGGACCAUAUGAGAUUCUGGAGAAAGUAGGAGCAGUCGCUUACAGGCUAGAGCUUCCCACUGAAUUGCAAGGAAUCCACAAUAUUUUCUAUGUAUCUUCUCUUAAGAAGAGUUUCAAAAAGCAAAUUCCAACCGUUGUUGACACGAGGGAUAUUUCACUUCAACCCAACCUAACCUACAAGGAAGUUCCAAUUCAGAUCAUUGAUUGGAAGGAUAAGGAACUACGAAAUCAUAAAAUCCUUUUGGUUAAUAUUUUGUGGCGAAAUCAUGAUGUUGAAGAGGCCACAUGGGAAAAAGAAGCUGACAUGAGAAGCAAAUACCCUUUUUUGUUUGGCAUUUGUGACAUGGCUGGUGACGACAAGACCACCUGUCAGAUGUAUAUGGCUCACAACCGACUUCGGAAGCUGAGAGCGGAGCAGACAGGAGAUGGAGACACUUAG